CAGCUAUAACAGCAACUAGUCCUUCAAACAACUGACCGACUAGUCGAUUAUGGAAAAGGGUAGUUUUGCACAUCCCAUGACAAUGUUGCUCUUUGACCUGACCUACAGAGAGGAGACUCUACUAAACGACAUCAAGAGCAUAACCAGGAACGGCCGCUCAAUCGUUCUGACUGCCGCACUGACUCUAAUCCUGGUCUACCUCUUCUCCAUUGUUGGUUAUAUCAUCUUCAAGGAUGACUUCAUCCUGACCGUGGACAGGAUAUCCAAUAAAGUAAAGUAUGAAAAGUACCAUAUUCAAUGUGGAAGUGGACAAAUCUGUGCCUUUCACUGUAAAGCCAUACCUCCAUGCAGCUGUACCGGUUAUGGGAGGCAUUCUUGUGCAUUGAGAGUUUACACACACUGACCUACUUCUCAAGCUCGUAUUGUGUCUGACUGGAUACAUUCUACCAGAUGGGGUGGGAGGGGAAGUGAGGAUGGGAACUGUCGAGUGGUGCUGGAGGGCUUGGGCAGCCACACCCCUGAUCUGCUGUUACACACACAUUCUGGAAUUCUGGUGGGCCUCUUGUUUGACCUUUACACAUACUGUACAGAGACCUACUGAUAUCUAUGUGCUUUUAAAGAUGGCUUUAAUGGUUGUGACCAUUCUUAAAAGUUCUUAUAAACUGAUUUUUUUCACUGUUAUGAGUGCUGAUAAAGGCAUAGUUCCCCCAAAAAUGAAAUUCUGUAAUUAUUCCCUUGAGUCGUUACAAACACUUACGAAUUUCUUUAUUAUCCUUUAAUCACGUGAGUUUCUCGUGUGCUGACGGACCCCCCCAGCGUGAGUUCAUUAAUGCGUGCUGUAAUUAAAAAAAAAUAAUUCUUACCUUACACUUUAUAACAGAUGCAUUGAAGAACUUUAUAUUAUCAAACAUAUAAUGUGGAUUGCCUAUGCGAUUGCCGACUUUAAGUUCUCACGUUAAAAUUUCCUUGAAAAAUUACUGUAAUUGUUGCUUUUUUCUACCAUAUGCCUUCAAAAGACUUGGAAUAUGAUGCAUGGACUACUUUUAUAAUAACUUUGAAUUAUUUUUUUAAGCUUAAAUGUGUAUCACUAUCAACUGCCAUUGUACUGAAUAGACGGAAUGAGUAAAAUUAUAUGUAAAAUGUAAAUUUUUUUACAUUCAUUUUCUGAAGAAACAUGUUGCUAUUUGGUUGCCCCUAAUAUUCAGAUCAUUGGUCAUUCAAUAUUGACAAAUUCUUAAAACUUUUACAUUUAUUUCCACACUAUUUUGAGAUCACAUGACAAGCUGAAUACUAUUAAUUUUCAUCUUGUAACCCCCCCGUAUUAUAGGACAACUAAUAAAUAGCCGAUAAAUGAAUAAUAGCUGACUGUGAAAAGUGCAUUUCUACAUUGGCAUUGGCAAUAAAAAAACAUUGCUUUUGCAUGAUACUGCAUCCUUGUUUCUAGGUAUCAGUAUACGUCCAAGAUGACUGUUCAGCCAGCACGACAAAAAAUUAUUGUGCGCACCUACUACUGAAAUCUACACUCAAACUGGCAGCCUAUUAUAAACAUAUAUUUGUUUGGAGAUGACGCAGGUAGUCUGCCCAUCAUGUUUUACAACCAUGUUUAUUGCAAGGAUGAUGUUUCAAUAUGGACUAUAUUACUUUUUGUGUGUAUAUAUUUGAGACU